UUGCAGAUGAGACCAUUCCGGUCAUGUCAGAAUCAAUGUUGUUGCUGUGUCGUUGCCAUCCUGUUGCCGCUAGGGAGCGUGAUACUGACCGGUAUCGGGGUGUGCGUGAUCCUGAAAUACGUCAUGAUUCGCACGGAUUUACUACUUCCGGAGCUACAGAACCAUGAUGGUCAAAAGAUCGUUGGCAUCAUUCUCACCUCGGUCGGGGUGUUGGGCAUAAUUAUCAGUGCCAUAGUGGCAAUACUAUACUUCACGGUGUGUCAUGAAAGUCGGAGUGGACAGCCCGCCGUUGCACAGAAAAUAUGCAAGAAUGGCAUUGAAGAAAAUUCAAAUUCCCCUGCCACACCAAAAAUGCAGGCCAAUGGCCAUCUCACGCCGAAAUCCCCUGCCAAGAGGCAACCCUCCACCCCUAAAUCUCUAUUUAGUAGCGAGAGAAUGGACUCUGCCAAACCCAUUUCGACUAUUGGAGUUCCCCCGACUUCGACGCCAAGGAGAACGCGGGGCGGCAAGAACGGCCGUCCACUUUCUUCGAAUUUGGACAUUGUCGAAGAAGUGGACGGUGACGUUCCGGUGCCGAUGUUGCAACUCAAUGGCAGAGAUCUCAAUCUGUCGAACAGCUGUAAACGUACCGACACCGUUUUCCAUAAUGGACAGAACGGCAUUGUACCGAGACCGAUUCUGAAAUCUUCUUCCACCACCACCACCACCACCACCAACACCAACACCACCACCACCAACAUCAUCACUGCUACUACAACUACUACUACUACUAACACUGUUCUAACUAGCAACAACAUCGCAUCCACCAAUUCUAUAGCGGCUGCUCCUGCUGCUGCUACUGCUACUUCUAAUACUAAAUCUGUUUCAAGGUCCUUAUUUUCAACGGGAAACAUUCCGGACUCGUCCACUGACAACAAUCACAACAACAACAACAACAACAACAACAACAACAACAACAAUACAACUACUGCCCGAACAUCUACAUCAAGCAGUUCCCAUACUUCAUCUGUACAUUCAAAGCCCUACCACGAUAGCACCAACACCACCACCACCACCACCAUUACAGACCUUGACCACUCGAAUUGUGAUUCAGACCAAGAUACACAAACACAGGACUCAGAUUGCGAAAUAACAUCAAGUAGACUAUGAUACCCGUGUAUGUCUCAGGUGUGUGUGUGUGUCUGUGUGUGCGUGUGUGUAUGUGUGUGUGUGUGUUGUGUGUGUGUGGG